CAUUGGUCCGUUGGACGUCGAGUUGCACUGACUCUGUGGAGGAGGUUGUGUUUGGAAAAACAACGGCUAGCAUCACAGCUCACCAGUGGAACCAUUACAUGCUAAGGACAGUAGUAGAACAUUUACGGUGAUUUUAUGUUUUACAUCGCUGAAGAAGCCUCAAAUUAAAAGGACAAACGUUUCUUUGUGUGCGGCGACGAUGUCUGUCCCGGCAGGAGAGGGAUGACGAUGACACAACUGUUGUGGCGAAGUGUGUCAGUGUGGCUAUGUGUAGCUGUACUCCUGUGCAGGUAUCUUAGUUGCUCUGUUGGAUCCACCGAGCCAGAGGCUCAGAAGCAUGUGUCCUCCCAGGAUAUUAAUUCAAAGGAGGAGUCAGGCGAUGAGAACCAAAAUGAAAAGGAAAACUGGGUUUUACCUGAACAGCACUUUCCAGAAAAUGGGAAACUCGCUGGAGAUUAUCACCAUAACGACGACCAGUCUACACAGGAGGUGAAAUAUGCGGAGGCCCUUGAAUCAGAUGUACCUCCUGCAGAAGAGGAGCUGGAGGAAGGCAGAAUAAUUUCACAACCUGAGCAAAGCUCUGAGCUUCAACAUCCAGAAACAUCUGUAUCUCAAGAGCUGGACUCUAAACCCCCACAGCUUUCCACAGACUCUCUCUCUGUUAUUUCUGCUCCAUACAAAGAUGAUCCCAGCAUAAACAGUGUUCAGGAGGACAUCACAAACAGAGAUGGACCUGAAGCAGCUGCUCAAGAGGUCACCGAUUUUGACGUGCUUCCAGCUGACUGUGUGGAAGAAGAGAACAACCCAUAUGAUGACAGCAGCCUUCCAGUAGUGCUGGAGAACACUUCCAAUGCUCACACCACAGGUACUAAAACCGAAGUUGUCCCUCCUCUGAGUUCUCCAGCUGUUCACAGCAGUAAGCAUCUGGAAGCCAACGCAUCGCACAUGCUGAAAGAGCAGGACUUGAGCUCCCCUGUCAGCGCAGACACAGAUUCCACUGUGAGCAGCAAAGACCCCGAAGACAUCCCCACUUUUGAUGAAUGGAAACGGAAGAUGAUGGAAGUGGAGAAAGAGAAGACUCUUUCCACUCACACCUCUAAUAAUGGAGGGUCUCAUACAGUGAAGAAAGUCCAAAAAAACUUCAAUAACUACGCCUCAGUGGAGUGUGGAGCCAAGAUACUUGGUUCUAACCCCGAGGCUAAGAGCACUUCAGCCAUAUUGAAGGAGAACAUGGACUUGUACAUGUUAAACCCAUGCAGCACUAAAAUCUGGUUCAUUAUCGAGCUCUGUGAGCCCAUCCAGUUGAAGCAGUUGGACAUUGCUAAUUUUGAGCUUUUCUCUUCCACUCCUAAAGACUUUCUUGUCUCCAUCAGUGAUAGAUACCCAACAAAUAAGUGGUUAAAGCUGGGAACCUUUCACGCCAGGGAUGAACGCACUGUCCAGAGCUUCCCAUUGGAUGAGCAUCUUUAUGCUAAAUAUGUGAAGAUGUUCACCAAGUACAUAAAGGUUGAUCUGGUCUCUCACUUUGGUUCUGAACACUUCUGUCCUCUUAGUCUCAUAAGGGUGUUUGGAACAAGUAUGGUGGAAGAGUACGAGGAGAUCGCUGAUCCCUCAGAGAGAGCAGACGAUCAGGAUGACGAUCUAGAUUAUCCCCCUGGAAGUGGACCGGGAGAAGACAAGUCCAAGAAUCUGAUUGGAUCAGCUAAAGAUGCUAUUUUCAACAUGGUGAAAGAUAUUGCUGUUGUUCUUGGGGCUAAUCAAGAGAUGGCAGGCAAUCUUUCCUCUCAAGAUGUGAACAUAACUGAACCAUCACAACAACCUGAAACCACCACUGAAACUGUAACUACUGACCCUUCUUCUGUUCCAGACGCUAGAGACGUGCAGAGUUUACCGGACUCUGUAGUCCCUCCAACCGAGACAGCUGCACCAGACACAUCACUUACUAACUGUGAAGAAACGCUCCUCCCUGUGGAGGAGAAAAUCAUCAUUCCCUUGGAGAAGGACGAGGAAGAACCAAUCAGCUCUACAAUCACUCUCCUGGACAAGGAGGAGGAGCUAGAAGAUGACAAGGACAAACAGGAUAAUCAGCAGUGGCAUGACGAAAGCCUAAAAUAUUGUGCUCCAUGUUCUUCCUCUUGUUCAUGCGUGGCUUCGUUUCAGGAGUUUAUCCAGCACAAGUGUUCAGCUUCUCUGUCUAAUAAGAGGACUUGCCAAACAGUGGACAAAGUUCAAAAAAGUCCCUCCAUGCUGACACCCUCCUGGCCCCUGCCCCUGCCCUCCUCUGCCUACCCCGAGCUUCACCCACAUGGCAAUAAGGCAGAUCAAUCCAAUGAAAAAGAGCCAGCCUCUGAGAAGCAGCCAGAUAGUGGGACAAUGGAUGCAGAAGCAGUACCACCUUCAGGGAACACAGAUGCUGUCAGAGACCCCCAAGUCACCGAGUGUGAGCCCAACAUUCUGGAACCCAGUCAGACCCUGAACACUCCCAAUCCCACUGCCACUGAGUCAUCUUCUGCCAAACCCACCCCAGUUGUAGAAACACCAGAGUUGUCCUCUGAGGAACCAAUGCAUGAGUCAGGGCCAGAAAACAGCCAGGAUGUGUUGACUGAGGAGAAACUCGUCGAGCCCUCAUUCUAUCUCAGCAGCUCUGUGGAAAUGAAAUCCAGCGUCAGUGUUUCAGCAGAUGAUGCAUCAGCUGCACUGACGAGGGAAAAGCCUAACAUCGAUCCCUCACAGGCAGAGACAAAUGCUUCUAUUCAAACGCAGGAUAUGGUUGAUCCGGCUCCAGUUCUCUCAUCCACUUCUUCAGAGAAUCAGGUUGAGCCACACGCUGAGCUCGAAAUUUCCCCGACCUCGUCUGAGGUUCCCCCCACAGCUGCAGACAUAGCCACAGAGCCUGAGCCCGCUGGCAGGUCCGUCCCAGAAACUAAUACAGAGGAUCUCGCAGAGGAAUUCUCAGUGUCAUCAGGUGGCCAUGACCAAAUGUUUCAUCCUUCUAUUCCAACUAGUGUUUCUCCUACCUCAACAUCUCUCGUAGACAUUUAUGCAGAGCCCUUUAAUGGUACAGAGCAGAACGGAAACCAGGUGCAUGGUUCUAGCCAGAAGGAGUCUGUGUUCAUGAGACUCAACAACCGAAUCAAGGCAUUGGAGGUGAACAUGUCUCUGAGUGGGCGCUACCUGGAGCAGCUUAGCCAGAGGUACCGAAGGCAGAUGGAGGAGAUGCAGAGAGCUUUCAACAAAACUAUCAUUAAACUCCAAAACACAUCCAGAAUUGCAGAGGAGCAGGACCUGCGUCAGACUGAAUCCAUUCAGUUGCUGCAGGGUCAGCUGGAGAAUGUGACUCAGCUGGUUUUAAACCUGUCUGUCCAUGUCUGCCAGCUGCAGAAUGAGGUCUCAGACAGGCAGAAUUACCUGCUGCUCUCCCUCGUGUUGUGCUUGUGUCUCGGCCUUUUGCUGUGCGUCAACCACUUCCGCAUCACUCUUCCUCCAACCACAAAUCCAGACUCACCCAACGCCAAGAGUCCCGCCUUCUGCAGUCCUGGAAGACAGUUUACUUCCUGCGAUGAGAUGGGCUUGAAAAGGAGAGCAUCUUAUCCUCUCUUAAACUCUGAGGCCUUUCAGCUGGCCAACAUUAAAGACCCAGAAAUACUGCAUGCUGAAGAGAACCACGGCCUUUGUCCAGCAAACAGAAAGAGGAGACGGCGUAAGCUGAAGCCUCCGGACGAAGUGGAGACGCUGAAACCCUGUUUACAGUCUGCUGCUGAACUGUGUAAUGGAGCUGUUGGGCUUCACCAUGGACCUGUCACCACAAACACCACACCUCUUCUAAAACAGUUACUCCCACCGGCGUUUAGAGACUCGCCGUCAGAGGGAAGUUCUGAAGGAUCCUCUCAUUCUGAUGACCCCUCUUUCUGUGGCAUCACAGCAGCCUGCUCCAGAGUGUGCGAUGGGCUUCCUCCAGUUAAAACUCGAGCAGAAAAACGGGCCCUAAGACGCCAGCGACUAAAGCCCAGCUGCGCCGUGGUGGACUUGCUUCAUGCCCCUCGGAGGGACAGGAAUGAUCCAGUACCUGUUACUAUACAGGACAUCAUGAACAGAAAAACGGAGCACAACUCCGGCCCAUUUGUUGCAAUCCCAGGACCUGUCUGACUCUAAAAGAGACAAAAGCUCCACCUCCUCUUGAACUUGAAAGCUUAGCUGGUUUAAUUUCAGUAGCCCAAGGCAGCUCCAACCUUCAUCAGACAAUCUGUUCAUUUUUAUUUAGUAAAAAUAAUGUUCUGUUCAGCUUUUGUCAAAGUUAAUAUUUUGUGUAAUUGAAAUACUCCUUCCAGCUCUCCAUUAAAACAUUUUUCUUUUACGAAAAUUAUAUUAUCCUUACCUGAAUUUAAAUUAAAUAGUUUUUUAUGAUAGCUUUGCACUAUUCAUAUUAAAGAAAACUCUUUUAAGCACUUUAAAAAUUAGCUUUUAAUGUAACAUUUAAAUGAUUUAUUUCCCAGGGUGCAAUGAUGACACGACAUGCAAGUUAAAUGAACAAACAUUUGGUACAAAAAUUCAAAUUAAUUGUGGAUUUUCUUUAGAGUCAAAAUUACACAUAUAUGCAUAAAUAUGUACAUACACCCACACUAUUAUAUGGAUACAUGUCCCUUAGCAAGUUGCACCUCAACAACACAGUUUCUGUAGUCAUCGACCUGGUUCUGGUGCAAUUCUGGAUGGAUGUUACUCAUCUUGGUAGAGUUUGUCCAUAUUGUUUGGUUUCCUGGCACAGACCCCACUUUUAAACAUAGUCCCCAAUUGUUGAAUUGGGUUGGGAUCAGGCCAUUCCAGAAACCUAAUGUUAGCCUGUUUUAUCUUCAAAACCAGUUUUGAUGGGUAACUGGCAGCAAAACAGACCCUCAGCAUGAUGAUACCACCACCAUGUUUGAAAUUUAGUGCAUUGCUCUUAGGUUUGAGAGGCUCACCUUGACCCCUCCAACCAUCCUUCUCGUCCAGGUGAUCAGAUGGCUCAGUCUUUUUCUCCCGGCCAUAAAACGUGUCCUGAAGCCAUUUGGUGUGUCCAAGUUUUAAUCACUGUCUGACCCAAACUGUCACCCUGUAAUAAAAGAAAACUGGCCAGGAGAUUAAGGAACCUGCAACAUCAAUGUCACUGUUCAUAGUAAAGCUAAUUGUACAUCAACAUGGAGUGAGACAGUUCUGAUCAAGAAAGAAGCCCUCACCUCCAAAUCAACACCUUCAAGCUCACAUAAAAAGUGUUGCUGUCCACACGGACAAACCAAACGACUUCUGGAGAAAGGUUUUAUGGCUAGAGUAGAAAGACUAAGCUAUUAGUGUAGAACCAUAGGAAGUAUGCUUGUGAUGAAGGUUUUUAACCUAAAAAACCCACAAACUAUCAAGGAUGAUGGUAGUAUCAUGCUAAAGAUUUGUUUUCACUGAAAGUAGUAGUGAUGCAUUGCACAAAGCAAGAAGACAACCUCCUAAAUCACCAGCUUCACCUGAAACGGUAAGAUGGUAAGAACCUUGAUGCAACCAGACAAGCAUUCCAAACACACGUCAGAACUGGUUUUGGAACGGAUAAAGUAAGCCAACAUUAAGCUUCUGGAAUGGCCCCAACUUCAAGCUUAUUUGAAAAUAUGUGCCACACAACCAACCAUUUCAUGUGAACUCGAACAAUUUCUCAUGAGUAGAGCUGCAAAUAUGAAGCCAAAAUUCAUUUGCCACCUUGUUUAUGACUAUGGAAAGGGUUUGAUCUCUACAACUCUCUAAGGAAUGUUAAAUAGCAAUAGGACCAUACAUGUUUCAGUCUGUAUCCAUAAUUAUAAACUGGUGAUUACAGAAAACUCCCAAUAAAACCAAACUUGUGAAACCUGGUUCCUGUUUUUAAACAUCCUUGGGGUAGUUUUUUAUUUUUUUAAAUGCACAGUGAAAACAAAAGGAUCAACCAUUAAAAAACCCACACAUAAAGUAAUUACCUUCAUGUCGAAUGGAUGUAAUCAUUUGACCCCAAAUGACCUUCACCAGCUUUUAUGUUCACCAUAACACUGAAAUAUUUCUUCAGAGAACCACAUCUCAGAUUAUUCAAAUAGGGAAUAUGCCCCAGUUACAAGGUGUGUGCAGGAAAAUGUGAAAAUGUUGACUGGAGUGGAAAAUGUUUGCUUUCAGGAAACGCCACAGGUAACAUAGCUUGUAAAAUGUUAUUCUGCUGUCUCCACAUGACUCAACUGGAGAGUAGUCUGAAGCCUCAGCGCUUGGUGUGAAGGGAAAAAAGAUUGUAUUGUAAACUAAUUGCACUCACUUUAAAAUAUCUGUAUUUCUUGCUUAGAAGUCAGAUUUUUAUGUUGCAAAUGAAGCAUUGGGAAAUUUCAGUUUUUAAUAUUGAAAAGAAAACUUGCUGCAUUAUUGUUUUCCAGCUUUUUCCAAAGAUUAUCUAUAAUUUGCACUCAACACAAGAGGACUCAGAAAAUCUGCCUUUUUCUCCCAGUUUUCUUUCCUGGCACGGUGUAAUACAUCAGUUGCACGGACAUAUUUUUGAACAUAAAACUCAGAGAAAUUUCAGUUUUUACUGUUUUCUGCAUUGUUCAUCAGAUAUCAACGUUCUUAACAUUUGUACAACAGCUACUAUUAAUUAUUUUGUUCUCUUUGGAACCAUAUUUGGAUCAGAUUCCAGGUAAUGCUGCAAAUAAACGUGAAUUUAUAUAAACAGA